UUUCUCCAGCAAGUUUUAUUUGUUAAUUUAGAAUGCAGAAAUGAACCUUUUAACUUUACUCUGAAAGCAAAUAUUGACUUUGUUUCAUAGUAAUCUGGACUUCGCACAGGAGAGGAAAAGCCUGACGUUCCUGAAAAUGGCAGCUGAGACAUCCACAGAAGUUCCAAAAACUGCUAGACAGUUCGUCCUUAAAGAAGAGGUAAUUGUAGAAAGAAAAUGGUUGAAGCUUGAAGAAACAACUUAUACUGAUCCCUUUGGUAAAACCAGAACUUGGGAAACGGUAAAGCGUACUGGCAACAAAAAGGGCAUUUCAGCUGAUGGCGUAGCAGUGAUAGCUGUACUACAGAGAACUCUCCACUACGACUGCGUUGUCCUAGUGAAACAGUUCAGGCCCCCGAUUAACAGCUAUUGCUUGGAAUUCCCUGCAGGCCUCAUUGAGGAAAAUGAGACUGCAGAAAGCGCGGCAUUGCGGGAGUUGGAGGAAGAAACUGGGUACAAGGGAGAAGUCAUUGAAUGUACUCCAGCUCUCUGCUUGGACCCAGGUUUGUCAAACAGCACGACACACAUCGUGAGCGUCACCAUUAAUGGAGAUGAGGCUGAGAACACAAGACCUAAGCAAAAACUUGAUGAUGGAGAAUUUGUGGAAGUUAUUUCGCUUCCGAAAAACGACCUACUGCAAAGAAUUGAUGAACUGAUAGCAGAAGAACAUAUUGCAGUGGAUGCCAGGGUUUAUACUUACGCCUUGGCCCUGAAGCAUGCAGCAGAAAAACCGCUCCAAGUUCCUUUUAUGAAGUUCUAAAACUGGGCAAUGAGAAACGUAGGUGGAAACCGCCCAAUUCAGAUGGCUUCGAAGCAGAACUCUUCUUGUAAUAAAGGCCCUUUAGCUUUACUUGUAGAGCAAAACAAAAGGAUUUGUAGGAAUGAUUCUGAUAUUUUUCUCUGGAAUAAGCAUUUCUUCUAACUGCUCGGUCUAUCAAGCCUUGACAGAAUAAUCGUAAUAAAAAUGCUCUUUAAUUUUCAGAA